AAGGCUUUCAUCAACUCAGUCGCUCAGAAAGUUCUCUGUAGCACGGUUCUUUUUUUUUUUUUUAUCGUUAUCAAAUGAAAACAUUCGGUACGUUCAUCAUCGCCGGUUCAGUGGAAUAUUCAAAUCGGACAAGUUGGUACGGAAUAGUCCAUCCUGAGAUCUGAGCUGUUGAAGGGGCGUUUGUGACCUUGACAACAUCUGCAUUGUGUUUGUGCUUGUGUGUUAACCUUGCUGCCUCUGUCUAAUCUGUGGCUGCUAAAUUAAAGGAGUGCUCUGAUCAUCUCCCACACAUCUUGGCCCUUGUCACGUGUGCUGGAAACCCAGAGCUUGCUCAUUCUACUGUCUGUCUCUCUGCCCACAAGCAUCCUAUCACAAAAAAUGGCCUGAAGCCACACAGCAUCUGCUGAAUGAAAGAUGGAGAUUUCACUAGCAAAACAAGGAUCUUGUGGAUUAUGCAGUACUUCAGGCAAGCAGUGUGAUGGGGCAAAAUUCUCCCUACAAUAACUUGCAUCAAUGGGACUCACUGUAUUCGCGAAGCAGAUACGAUUAAGCGAAAAAUGGACCAGAAGUAUGGGCUUCUCAGUGCUCCUUAUGAGAAACUGGAGCCUGCAUUUAUCAACCUUGACAACAAGUGGACAAAGGUACUGACCAUCGUAGACAACAAGCGAGUGCAACACCAAGCAUGGGGCCCCUGGACACUUGUGUCUGGACGGAAAGUCAAAAUUGUAAGCUUUGUUUUUGGGCUAAUAGUCACUGUUCUCAUCAUGGCUUCCUACAUCUUGACGAGGGACCAAAAAGGGCUCUUUCUAACUCCAUCACCAUAUCAAAUCACUGUAUUGUCUCAUCCAGCACAUAUGGCCCUGGAUAUUUCCUCCAAUACAGAUUAUACUGUUGUGAGAGAGGUUGUAAGGAGCAUUGUGGACAAAGUGGAUUUUAGCCGUAGAAGAGUGCCUGACCUUGGAGAACUGAGAGAGAAAGAGCCACAGAUAUUAUCUGCAAUUCCUCUGAAAUUUCAUCCCUCUCUCAAGAAUCCUUGCUGGUAUGAAGAGUUCUUUGAGAAUAUCUCAGCAGAUCCAUAUGGGAAAAAUCUGUAUGCUCUUUAUUCAAAGCGUUUCCAAGCAAUAUAUGACCACCUGCGCAGAGCUUUUCCAGCUCACCUUCACCAGCAUGCCGGUAGACGAUACCGCCUGCGUUGCUUACCCUUUUUUUACAUCAUUGGCCAGCCAAAGUGUGGCACCACGGAUCUCUAUGAUCGUUUACGGCUACAUCCUGAGGUCCAUUUCACUACUAUGAAAGAACCACACUGGUGGACCAGAAAGAGGUUUGGGAUCAUCAGGUUGAGUAAUGGUUUUCAUAACCCUUACCCACUGAAAGACUACCUGGACCUUUUUGACCAGGCAGCCAAUCAGAUACAGGAUCAUUUAAUAAGCAACUCCUCGAAAAGCCACAAAGAAGUUGAACUCAUAAUUGGUGAGGCAAGUGCAUCUACUAUGUGGGACAACAAUGCUUGGAUUUAUUUCUACAACAAUGGUACUGGAGUGGAGCCUCCUUUUCUUGUACAGGACUUUAUUCAUGCUGUCCAACCAGAUGCCAAAUUCAUUGUCAUGCUCAGAGACCCAGUAGAGAGGCUUUACUCAGACUAUCUGUACUUUGGAAUGGCCAACAAAUCUGUGGAGGAUUUUCAUGAUCGAGUAUCGGAGUCACUGCAGUUGUUUGAGGCUUGCUUGGCUGAGUGGUCCAUCCGUUCCUGCAUUUACAACACUACUCUAAACAACUUGAUGCCUGUGAGGCUUCAGGUUGGACUGUAUGCCAUGUACUUGCUGGACUGGCUGAGUGUUUUCAAUAGGGAGCAGAUUCUCAUCCUACGAUUGGAGGAUCAUGCUGCAAACCGGAAAAACACCAUGAGGAGAGUCUUUGACUUUCUACAGUUGGGACCUCUUACUCUGCAGAAGGAAGCUGACAUCACUAAGAGCCCCGCCUCCAACACCAGAAGACCAGCUAAUCGCAAUCUCGGCCCAAUGUUGCCAAUAACCAAGGAGAUCCUGCACAGCUUCUACAGGCCUUUUAACCAGCAUCUGGCCCAGGUGCUCAGAGACCCUGCCUUUCUGUGGAUGUAGCCCUGAGGAACUAGGAUUGAUUGAACAGACAUAUUGUGACAGACUUUGGCUUGUUAGGCCUAGGUUGGGUGGCUGGUAUCACCUUUUGAAUACAUUUUAAAAUUAAGGGACAUUUUUUUUAAAGUCAAUCAUAUAUUGACACCACUUUUUUUCUUUGGUUAGCUGGUGCUGGGCACUUUCAUCAAUGCACUUCGAUACUGUGAGAGUAUUCUGGUCACAAUGACCAAUCAAGAAAGUAGCAUUAGCAGGUCAAAAUUCAAAACAUGCUUAACAAUAUGAGACAAUGUUUUCAAUGUUUUGGCUGUUGCAGCGUUACUCUCUCAGAGUUUAGCUCAGAGACAUGUGAAAUGAACUACUGUUCUAAUAUGACAAUAUAAAAGAUUGCUUUUUAACACCAUGCCAGUUUCUAUGGCUAUUUUCACAGCAAAAUCUAGGCUAUAAUAAUGGUAAAACAACUAAAAUCCAUCAUAAAAUGUUUGAGACCCAUUUUUAAUAAAAACUC